GGAGGGCUUCUCCAUUGCAAAAGCGGCGCGCGUCGAGUCUCUCCCCCCGCCCCCCCGGCGUGCGCGCUCCCGAUCGCUCGCCUUGCCAGGCGCGGCCCUUCUCGGGUGUGGGGCAACCGAGCAGCACCAUGAUCUUCCUCCUGGCCCUCUUCGCCAGCAUCUUCCAAGCGGCUUACACGGGGGUCAACGAACGCACCUUCCUUGCCAUCAAGCCCGAUGGGGUGCAGCGCCAUCUGGUGGGCGAGAUCAUCAGGCGCUUUGAGAGGAAGGGCUUCAAACUGGUGGCCAUGAAGCUCAUGCAGGCCUCAGAAGAGCUGCUGAAAGAGCAUUAUGCGGAACAUCGGGAACGCCCUUUCUUCAUCCGCCUGGUGAAGUACAUGAGCUCUGGCCCCAUCGUGGUCAUGGUAUGGCAAGGGCUGGAUGUGGUGAAAACCGCUCGCCUGAUGAUCGGAGAAACCAACCCUGCGGAUUCCAAGCCCGGAACUAUCCGAGGAGACUUCUGCAUUGACGUCGGCAAGAACAUCGUUCACGGCAGUGAUUCGGUGGAGAGCGCCCAGCGCGAGAUCCCCCUCUGGUUCCGCAAAGAUGAAAUUACCUGCUGGGAGGACAGUACAGACCACUGGAUCUACGAGUAGGAAGGGGGGAUCCGGAGUGCUGCUGUUGGCUUACAGUGACUCCUCUUUCCCGGAACUCUUUGUUCUUCUGCAGUGGGGAAAGGAAAGGGGAAAGGGGAGAGGAUUCUGGGUCUGAAAGAUCUCAGCCCACUGCAAUAAAAUACUUGAUUCCCUCCCCAUCAUAGCUUUUUGGUGCAACACUUGAGUGGGAUCCUGCUGCUAUAAAAUUUUUUUAAAAGGAUCCUGUCUUUUGCUGUAGAAUGUAUCAUUCAAAGCGCUUCUUUAAAAGUGCCUCCCUUUUAAGAACCUGAAGACCCCUGUUCUUGGGUUUGGAACAGCUUCGUUUGGCCAGAACCCCACCUUCAAAACAAGGUGGAUGCAAUGGGGCGGGGGGGGGGGGGAGUUGCUGCACUACAAACGUAGCAUCGCUUUAUUUUCCUCCACUUUUUAAAAAAGCAAAAUCAGUGUUGCUUUCCUUGAUUACCUUGUUCAAUUCCUCUUGGGUGGGGAAAGGAUAAUAACCGAUAAGGCAGAAGGAACAUUGCCAUGAUGUUAUUCCCACCACCCUAUCCAAACAGGACAAAUUAGGUGAGGAAACUGUCCUCUGUGCAUGCGAGGGAAUCUGUGUCCAGCAGCAACACUGCAAGAGGGACUGGUUUUUAUAAAAUGAGACGGGAGUUUUGACAAGGCUGUUGGGUGGGAAAGGGCUCCGUGUUCCUGAUGCCUCCGCCCCGUCAUCCCAAUAACAGUCCACACACGCCUUCCAGUCUUCAAGGAGAGCCAGUUUGGUGUAGUGGUGAAGUGCGCGGACUCUUAUCUGGGAGAACCGGGUUUGAUUCCCCACUCCUCCACUUGCACCUGCUGGAAUGGCCUUGGGUCAGCCAUAGCUCUCGUAGGAGUUGUCCUUGAAAGGGCAGCUGCUGUGAGAGGCCUCUCAACCCCACCAACCUCACAGGGUGUCUGUUGUGGGGGAGGAAGGUAAAGGAGAUUGUGAGCCGCUCUGAGACUCUUUGGAGUGGAGGGUGGGAUAUAAAUCCAAUAUCAUCAUCUUCCUAGGAAAGUCUUUUUGCGUUUUUAAAUAUGUACAGGAUAACUUUGAAAUAAGUGGCUGUGAAAAGUGCUUUUGUAAAUUAAAAUUUUUGAAACUG